GUUGGCGGGAAAGUGGCUGCCGAGCGUAAUGGCAGCGGCAGAGGGGGCGGACUCGUUUUCGGGCGGCGGCCCGGGGGCAGUGAGGCUGCCGUCGUCACCGCCGAUCAAGGUGCUGGCGGAGCAGCUGCGGCGCCACACGGAAGGCGGCCCGGGCGCGUGGUGGCUGUCUCGGGCGGCGGCGGGCCGCGCGCCGCUGGAGCUGGCGGCCGUGUGGAUGCAGGGCACGGUGGUGGAGGCGGGCGGCGGCAAGGCGCGGCUGCGGGACCCGAGCGGGACCUUCUCGGUGUGCGGCCUGGAGCGGGUGCCGCGCGGGCGGCCCUGCGUCGCCCCAGGAAAGUAUGUGAUGGUAAUGGGAGUGAUUCAGGCCUAUAGCCCUGAGCCCUGCCUUCAGGCUGUGAAGAUGACAGAUCUUUCUGAUAAUCCCGUCCAUGAAAGCAUGUGGGCACUGGAAGUAGAAGAUUUACACAGGAAUAUUCCUUAGAUGAUGUUGGAAGUGUCAUUAAAAACAACGGAAAUUCUGAAAGGACUUAAGUUCUUACUCCAUGUGGAUUUCACGGACAUUGUUCAUUGUGUAUUUCUCAAAAGUUCCUCGGAGAGCUGUGCUUUGGCUCACCAAGUUGUCCAGAUGCAGGAUUUCCAAAUGCUGGGGCACUCCAGUUAACUCAGCCCCUGCUGCCCCUGAGCUCUGACGAAAAGCAGAUGUUGUGUUCAUUCUCUCUCUGUUUUGGUUUGUGUGUGUUCGUUCUCUCUAAAGCACACAGAAAUCUCAUGUUGCAUUUCUCAGGUUUUACUAGUGAUGAUACUUUUUCCGUUACUGCUGCGAUUCGAUUGUAUGGUACAAACUUUGAAUCUCAGUCAUUGUCCAUGGUGAUUAAAGUGUGGUUAUGGGCAGGAAAAUAGACUGCGUGAAAGAAGGAUGACAUCAUGGCCCCACGACGUCUUCUCCAUCAACAACUUCCAUAUCCAGUUCGCAAGUCAAGCAGUACAGCAGCCUCUCAAAGACACAGCUCUCUUGAACACCACUCAACCUUGAGGGUCCAUUUCCCUCAGAUGUGGGUGAUGAUAGGACAUGCUGAAAUUCUUUCAAUAUUUCUUUUUUUUUU